GCGUAGAUGGGCCCACUCAACGUGCCCAUGCACUUAAGUGGCGAAACCCCUGGUCAAACAUUGGAAAUCUUCGACCGCUUCAUUUGCCAAUCGCCUAGUCUUCCGCAUCUUUUCACCAUAUUUAUUACUCCCCAACCAUCCCUUCCCCUUUCACAAUAAAUGGGAAAGGAUGGUUUGCUGCUGGUUCAUCCCUUUCUGAUUUCUUCGCCAUGGCAAGUAAAUCUCUGAGUAAAGUCUUCAUCGACUUAACUCUUUCUAGGACAUCUUCUUCUUCGGAUGACGAUUUCCCUGCCUCUCCGGCUCAAUUCAACGACAUGGCCGGGUUGAGUCCUGGCGAGUUCUCAAGGCUUUAUCCAGCACCUCGUCUUCCUGCGCCAUCACCUCCUAGCCCGCCCAGGCUUCCAUCCGGGAGGAUAGAUUGGGACUCUAUGACCCUCCAAGACUUCGCCUUGUACCAGAGGAUGCGCAGGGCUAAACUUGGACAUUCUUUUCUGAUUGUUGAGGUGGAACCUUCACGUGAAAGCCGGACAGCUCCUCCAAACUUGCUGAAGCCUCCCAAUGAUGGUUCUUCAUUGGGAGCACCAGCUCCCCGUCUAGGGACGUGGGAAGACUAUGACAUAGAGGAAGCUGCUGAUUCCACCGCGUGCCCUUCGUCGAAGAGAAGGAGCCCAUGGAAGGGGCCCCCACAUCCUUCUUGUUGACUGCAUGGAUGCAAUAGGCCCUCCUUCAGUGCCUAGCCCCCUGCAAAGAAAUUCCCUUUUUCUUGUUUUAUUUUAAGAGGCAUUCGCUUGUUUGGUCCAGGAGUUUUUCCUCCGUCCCAUACUAAGGAAUGUCCUUUAAUUUAAGACUAGGAAUUAUCGUUGUAAUUCAAAGACACAACCUUCGAAUUAGCAAUCGAUGACUUCCCUAUUUUCUGAUUUCUUUCAUCUCAUUAGGAACCAUUAUUGUGAACCAAAAGUGUAAAUUUUGGCCCAUCAAUGUAGUCCUUUAUGUUUAUUUCUUUGCACUUUAUCUAAUGCAAGUACAAACAUAUCUCAUCCUCUAUACAAAAUCUCAUCUCCCGGGGGUUAGACGUGCCUUGGGAGCUUACCUCAUCUGUCCCUGACCUCCUUUCCUCCGGGUUAAGGAAUAAUCUUAUCUACCUUGG